CUCAUGCAAGUGAAAGCACUCAAGUCUAUUCCUACGGUUUUUUUUUUUCCAAUCCAUCUUUUGCCAAGAAGAAUACUCUCCUCUGACCCAAAUCUCCUAUUUGGAGGAAACCAAGAACUUCUUGCCGCAGAGCCAACAACGUCAGUAGACACACCUUACCAUACGCUACAAAUUCCUCUGACUCCGCUUCAUCUGUCGCAAUCUAUCACGCGCAACAAAGCCUCAGUGUCACUUUCACCAGUGAUCAAAUACCAGAAAGCUGUUCUUCCCUUACCCUCUUGUACAAACCGAAAUUUCCCAGCUGCAUACCUGCUGUGACGAACUUGUACAUAUUGCUUGUUUAUUCCCCUCUCCGCUUUGUGAUUCCGUCUUCGAUCCAGCGAUUCCGCCUGACCAAGCACAUUUCCGACCUCUCUACGCGCCUGUCAACUGGUAGUUGACUCUCACUUCACGUUCUUUGCAAUCUCCCAGCGUGGUCGCACGCUACAUUCGUAACAUCGUUCAUUUUCCCGGGCAACCUGUACUCACCUCCACCAUGUCUGUGAACGGCCUUGCAAUGCAGUUGCAAAAUACUCACAUCAGUAAUCAUGACAACAAUGACUGGAAAAGAAGCUUGAAACUUCCCGCAAAAGAUAAUCGGCCGCAGACAGAGGAUGUAACGGCUACUAAAGGGAAUGACUUUGAGGAUUACUUUUUAAAGCGGGAAUUGUUGAUGGGAAUCUUUGAAGCUGGGUUUGAGAAACCAUCACCUAUUCAGGAGGAAGCCAUACCUAUUGCACUGGCCGGUCGAGACAUAUUGGCUCGAGCAAAGAAUGGAACGGGUAAAACCGCCGCUUUUAUUAUUCCGGCCCUUGAGAAGGUCAAUCCCAGCAAAAAUCACAUCCAAGCGCUGAUCCUGGUUCCUACGAGGGAACUGGCGUUGCAAACAUCUCAAGUAUGCAGAAAUUUGGGGAAGCAUAUGGGCAUCCAAGUCAUGGUAACAACCGGCGGCACAACUCUUAAAGAUGAUAUUUUACGCCUUGGCCAGACAGUCCAUAUCCUUGUAGCAACCCCCGGACGGGUUUUGGACCUUGCAGGGAAAGGGGUUGCGGACCUCCGAGAGUGCUCGAUGCUGAUUAUGGAUGAAGCGGACAAAUUGCUUUCUCCUGAGUUUCAACCGAUAAUCGAGCAGCUCAUCUCGUUCUGCAGAGCCGAUCGACAGAUCCUCCUUUUUUCUGCUACCUUCCCUAUGAUUGUCAAAAACUUCAAGGAUAAAUACCUCACCAAGCCGUAUGAGAUCAAUCUGAUGGACGAGCUGACUUUACGAGGAGUAACGCAAUAUUAUGCGUAUGUGGAGGAGAGGCAAAAGGUUCACUGCCUCAAUACACUCUUUUCGAAGCUGCAAAUCAACCAAUCCAUUAUUUUCUGUAAUUCUACGAGCCGAGUAGAGCUCCUUGCGAAAAAGAUUACCGAGCUCGGCUACUCUUGCUUUUAUAUCCACGCCAAAAUGUUGCAAUCCCAUCGUAACAGAGUUUUUCAUGAUUUCCGAAACGGCAAGACCAGGCAUUUAGUUUGCUCUGAUCUUCUUACGCGAGGUAUCGAUAUCCAGGCGGUGAAUGUCGUCAUCAAUUUUGAUUUUCCUAAAAAUGCGGAGACAUAUCUUCAUAGAAUUGGGCGUUCUGGAAGAUUUGGGCACUUGGGAUUGGCCAUUAACCUUAUUACGUAUGAGGAUCGGUUCAACCUCUAUCGUAUUGAGCAGGAACUGGGAACGGAGAUUGCUCCCAUACCCCCGGUGAUUGACAAGUCGCUCUAUGUUGCACCGUAAGACAGCGCAUAUGUACCGAUCAACUUAAAAUGACGAUUGAAGCAAUAGUUGAUCAGUACGGGUUGGCAACGUGCGUCUGCUCAUCUGCAACCACAAAUAGGCAAUGAUAGGGGAUGGGGAUUAUGUUAGGGUAUUAACAGCUCAUGGAUUUGUAUAUCCGACAUGUUACCCGCAAUAAAGAACGAGGGCCCUAUCAUUAAAUACCUCAUAGUUUUGUACGUCGGCCAUGAUAUUCAAAAAU